UGGGCGGGCGGGGCGCAGGCCGCGGGGCCCGAGCCGGGGGGAGGGGGCGAGCGGAGGCGCCGAGGAUCCAGUUCCCUCGCUGGGGAGACCUAUGGGCCGAAGCCGUGUAAAUGCGUUUUAAGGGGCCUCGGCUCCGCAACUGCCACUCCUCCUUGGGGUGUUGCACAAGUUUCGAGGUCACCGGCGACCCCCCCUAGCAGCGCGCCUGGCUCUGGCCCCCGCGAAGGAGGACGGGGCUUGUGUGUUGCAUACUUUCUAAGGCGGCCCAGGCGGCGGCUCCAUCCAGCCCAUCUGCUCCUCCUCCUCGGCAUGGCUGGCUACUUGAGCGAAACAGACUUUGUGAUGGUGGAGGAGGGCUUCAGCACCCGAGACCUGUUGGAGGAGCUCACUCUGGGGGCCUCACAGGCCACCGCGGGUGAUGUCGCUGCCUUCUUCGUGGCCGACCUGGGUGCUGUGGUGAGGAAGCACUUCUGCUUCCUGAAGUGCCUGCCUCGAGUCCGGCCCUUUUACACGGUCAAGUGCAACAGCAGCCCAGGUGUGCUGAAGGUCCUGGCCGAGCUGGGGCUGGGCUUCAGCUGUGCCAACAAGGCAGAGAUGGAGUUGGUCCAGCGUAUUGGCGUCCCUGCCAGUAAGAUCGUCUGCGCCAACCCCUGUAAGCAAAUCGCACAGAUCAAGUACGCUGCCAAGCAUGGGGUCCAGCUGCUGAGCUUUGACAACGAGGCGGAGCUGGCUAAGGUGGUAAAGAGCCACCCCAGUGCCAAGAUGGUUCUGUGCAUUGCCACUGAUGAAUCUCACUCCCUGAGCCCCCUGAGCUUCAAGUUUGGAGCGUCGCUGAAAUCCUGCAGACACCUGCUUGAAAAUGCCAAGAGGAGCCACAUGGAGGUGGUGGGGGUGAGUUUUCACAUUGGCAGUGGCUGUCCUGACCUUCACGCCUACACUCAGUCCAUCGCAGACGCCCGGCUUGUGUUUGAAAUGGGCGCUGAGCUGGGCCAUGGGAUGCACAUCCUGGAUCUUGGCGGUGGCUUCCCUGGAUUGGAGGGGGCCAAAGUGAGAUUCGAAGAGAUUGCUUCUGUGAUCAACUCAGCCUUGGACCUGUACUUCCCGGAGGGCUGUGGCGUGGACAUCCUUGCCAGGCUGGGGCGUUACUAUGUGACUUCGGCCUUCACCUUGGCAGUCAGCAUCAUUGCCAAGAAGGAGGUUCUUCUGGACCAGCCUGGAAGGGAGGAGGAAAAUGGCUCCACCCCCAAGACCAUCGUGUACCACCUCGGUGAGGGCGUGUACGGAAUCUUCAACUCAGUCCUGUUUGACAACAUGUGCCCUACCCCCAUCCUGCAGAAGAAAUCAUCCGUGGAGCAGCCCCUGUACAGCAGCAGCCUGUGGGGCCCUGUGGCCGAUGGCCGUGACCGCGUGGCUGAGGGCCUGUGGCUGCCGCAACUACACGUAGGGGACUGGCUGGUCUUUGAGAACAUGGGCGCCUACACUGUGGGCAUGGCUUCCCCCCUUGGGGGGACCCAGACCUGCCGAGUCACCUAUGCCAUGUCCCGGGUGGCCUGGGAAGCACUUCGAGGGCAGCUGCUGCCUGCAGAACAGGAGGAGGACGCUGAGGGCAUGUGCAAGCCUCUGUCCUGUGGCUGGGAGAUCACGGACACCUUGUGCGUGGGCCCUGUCUUCACCCCGGCGAGCAUCAUGUGAGCGGACCCUGUUUCCCCCCGGAGAACUCCAGCGGGGCCGCAGAGAUGCCUCUGGGAGAUGUGGGGAAGGCAGCAAGCAGGGGCACCCUUUGGCCAGGACUCUGGUGCUCACUCUGCUGCCCCCACGCUCCACCUGUAGUGUUUCUGCCCUGUAAAUAGGACCCGUCUUACACUCGCUGUAGUUCAAGUAUGCAACAUAAAUCCUGUCCCUUCCAGCUGUGUCUGCUUCCUCUGCAGCGCAAGGGGCCUGGUCAGCCAGGUGUGGGGGUGUUCUUGGGGUCUCCCUUGGUCUCCUUCCCACCUUUGUAAAUAUGAAGCAAAUAAAUAUUUAGG